AUGGCAUCGACUGAAGUUCGGUCGGCCGAGUCGGCCGACCAUACGGUCGAGACACCCGCACUCAACAAACAGAUCGACGGGAAUGUGGGUGAGAAAUUUGGCGGGAAAGCCGAUGCCUCCAAAGUCGACGCCGAGGAGGUCGAGGCGGACCUCGACUUGUAUGUGCCUUUGAUUAUGGAAGACGGCAUAGUCGACGAGCGCGACCCCCUAACGAUUCGAUCCGUCCUUAUUGGCAUUAUCUUGGGCUCUCUGGUCAAUGCUUCCAAUCUGUAUCUCGGCUUGAAGACAGGUUUCACUUUUGCGGCAUCCAUGUUCGGCGCCAUAUUCGGAUACGGAAUCAUCAAGAUCUGCUCGAAGAGCAAGCUUCCUAUUAUCGGCGGUAGCUUCGGGCCCCAAGAGAACAGUAUUAUCCAGGCCGCGGCCACCGGCGCCGGAGGCAUUGCGGGAAUCUUCGUCUCUGGUAUUCCUGCGAUGUACCAACUCAAGGCCCAGACAGGCACGCCAAACGGAGAUUUCGGCGCGCUCAUCACCAUCACCAUCGUCUGCUCUUUCUUCGGCCUGUUCUUCGUUACUCCCCUCCGGAAGUUCUUCAUCAUUCAGGUUGGACGAGAAUUGAAUCUCGUCUUUCCGACUGCCACCGCUGUGGCCUUGACCAUCAAGUCGAUGCACGCUGGCGGCGCUGGUGCUCGGGAGGCCCUGAGCAAGCUCAAGGCUCUCAGUUUAGCCUUUGCUGCGUCCCUUGUCCAGCGAGUCGCGUCGUAUUACGCCGUUGGUAUCCUGUACGACUGGCACGUGUUCACAUGGAUUCACAUAUGGAGCGGGUACACGAGCUGGGCCAUGAAUAUCGAGAGUUGGGGUUGGUGGUUUGAGUGGACGCCCGCCUUCAUUGGCAGCGGCAUCCUCAUCGGUAUGAACUCGGCGCUCUCCAUGUUCGGUGGCGCGAUCAUCGCGUGGGCAAUCAUCGGCCCUACUCUCGUGCACUAUGGCGAGUGUGUUGGCAAGCGCCAGAUCGAGGACGACCCGCGAUGGGCAGACUGGUACUCGUUUGCCUCCCUCAGGAACCUCGGCCAUGAGAAGCCAUCUCCGCGAUACUGGCUCCUAUGGCCCGGCGUUAUGAUUAUGGUUUGCACAUCGCUGGCCGAGCUAGUGGUGCAGUACAAGGUGAUCGGGUAUGCCGGUAAAGUAAUCUGGCAGAAAACUUGUAUUAGGGUCAAUACGUUCCUGGUUAAGCGCGGUAAACACUCCAACUAUUUCGCCACGCGAGCUACCGUGGAGGUGAAAGCAUCCGAGAACAUUAUCGACGAUCCGGCACCGCCGGAGCAGCAGGUGCCGACGUGGAUGUGGAGUGUCGGCCUCGUUGUCACCAUCGCAGCGGCCAUGGUCAUCUUUGCCCUGCAAUGGGGGAUGAACCCUGGUUUGACGAUCCUCGCUUGCCUGCUGGGUUUCCUCUUCUCCUUCUUGGCCAUCCAGAUCGGCGCUGUUACCGAUACGACUCCGCUGACCGCCGCGUCGAAGGCCAGUCAAUUAAUCUUCGGUGCUGCCACCCAAGGCAAGGGGUAUUCACUCAAGACCGCGCAGCGAAUCAACCUGACGGCCGGUGUUGUGGCGUCGGGGGGCGCUGAUGUUGCCAUGUCGCUAACAAGCGAUUUCCGCACUGGCUUCUUGCUAGGAACUUCGCCCAUUAAGCAGUGGUACGCGCAAAGCUUGGGAACCAUCAUUUCCGUCUUCCUCGCGCCAGGGAUGUUUGUCCUCUUCACGACCGCUUACCCAUGCAUUCUCGAUCCUGAGGUCGAACACUGUGCCUUCGGUGUUCCAUCGGUGGCGGCAUGGGCAGCCGUAGCGCAGGCUGUCACCGAUCCGGACGUCAGCAUUCCCCUGACGUCGGGCAUUUUCUCCAUCGUUAUGGGUAUAUUCUGCGUGGUCCAGGUCGUGUUCCGGCACUUCUACCUGGUGGGCGGGCGGGAGAAGUACCGACAAUACCUCCCGAACUGGGGGGCCAUCGCGCUGUCGUUCGUGCUCCCGAAUCCCGUCUUCACCACUGCGGCUAUGUUUGGGGCACUGGUGGCGUGGGGAUGGAGGAAGUGGAAAAUCCAGAGCUUUGACCUGUAUGGCUACGCCGUCGCCGCCGGGUUCAUCGCAGGCGAAGGUCUAGGCGGCGUCGUAGGGGCGGCCCUCCAGAUCGGCGGGGUUUCCGGCGACAUACUUGGCACCACCGUCGGCUGCCCAGGCGGGUUCUGUUAA